AUGGGGCCUUCGUCCACGCUCAGUCUGAAGACCAUUCUUGGUCUCCUGUCGCUGCUUUUCGUCCUGCCCUUUACGUCGGCCCUGAAGUUCGAUCUCCCGGCCACGACGCACAAGACCGAGCGAUGCAUCCGGAACUUUGUGUCCAACGGCCAGCUGGUCGUCGUGACGGCGAUUGUGAGCGGCCAACGGGGGGACGGGCAGGUCGUUAACAUGGUGAUCAAGGACGCACUUGGCAACGAACACGGCCGUCCUAGGGACAUUGCGGGCGAAACUCGACAGACCUUUAUGGCUCCUGCAGACACGGCGUUUGAUGUCUGCUUUGAGAACAAACUCGUAUCUCGGCAAGGAAUCCAGAACCCCUCCCGACACGUCGAGCUGGACGUCGAUAUUGGCGCCGACGCGCGCGACUGGUCCAGCAUCCAGGCGCAGGAGAAGCUCAAGCCGGUGGAGACGGACCUCCGGCGUAUGGAGGAGCUGGUGGCCGAGAUCGUCAACGAGAUGGAGUACCUGCGCGCGCGGGAGCAGAAGCUGCGCGACACGAACGAGAGCACGAAUGAGCGGGUGAAGUGGUUCGCGGUCGGCACCAUGGGCAUGCUGGUGGGACUGGGCGUUUGGCAAGUUAUCUACCUGAGGGCUUAUUUCCGGUAUGCUGCCUCGUUUUAUCCCAGUCCAUUUUCCUCUGCUCUUCAUUCCGUAUGA